AUAAUUUAAUGCACUGAAUGUUUCGGAACGAAGUGAGCAUUCAAGUAUUUAUUUUGUCAAUUUAUGAAUAGUCCUGAGACGAACACCACGCCUAGAGAAUUAUCUACGAGUCCGAUUACGCUAAAUGUUCCUCUGCCGAAUUCACAUGACGAACGACCCAAUAAUAACCUAUGCGAUACAGAAUAUUCGAAGCAAAACACUUCUACUAUCCGAAAUGCACGUAGAUUGAAAUCGACUACCUAUGAAAAAUUUUCUAACCAGAGAAUAAUGUUCCAGCAAUCAGUGAAAUCUGAGAGAUCAUGGUUUCAGAUUCCAAAAACCAGUCUUUCUAUGCAUGGAAAACUAGAAUUAACAGCUUUUAAUAAACAGCCAAUCGUUUGCAAUGAAAUGCACGAUCACAAAGGUUAUCCAGGUGCAUUUAAAAGUUCAUUUGGAAUUCGACAAUCAAGUCCCAGCAGAAUACGCGUAUACAGUGGUUUCUACUCGGCAAAUAUGCGUGGAAUAUAUAAUCCCACUGGAUAUCGCCGGUUGGGAAUAAUUUCACCUAUGUCUACACAAAGAUUCACAACAAGCGAGACAUUCAUCGAUAAAUCAUCAGCAGCAGGUGUAACAGUCGUUGACCUCGCCAAUUCCGCUCAGUGUUUGAUCGUCAAUUCUCUAAAAACUCCUGACAGUAAGGAUUUAUGGUUGACGAGGGACAAUGAUGUUGACUGUGGCCGAUGUAGCAGUUCAAUUUACUAAUCACCCCUCAAAACUGUUGGAAACCAAGUUGAAAGAGACAGCUGCUUAUUCAAUUUUACAGUGAAUGUGCUACCAUGGCAACUGAAAUUAUGUAUAUUUUUCAAAACAAAAUUGAUUUCCAGUCUAAGCGCUUGUGACGUUCUCAUUAAAGUGCAUUUCACAAUAAUAACAAUACCUAGAGGUUGAUGUAAUUUAAUCAACAGAAGUUAAAUUCUUUUUUGGAGUUACUGUUUCAGCAUAAUUUCUUUUCUUGUUUUGAAAAUCUUUCAAAUAAAUUAGUAUUUUAC